AUGUCUUCAGAUAAAAAGCAACUCAUCAUCAAUGCGUUCGCGAUGCAUUCGCCCAGUCACCUCAACCCGGGACUGUUUCGCCAUCCCGCAGACCAAGGCGCGGAUUACAAGAACAUCAAGCAUUGGAUCGCAUUGGCAAAAAAGCUCGAAGAUGCCAAAUUCCAUGCAAUCUUCUUUGCGGAUGUUCUGGGAGGCUACGAUGUUUACAAAGGCCCAGCCAAUCUAGACCCAACUAUUCCAGCUGGUGCUCAAUUCCCCAUCAACGACCCUCUCUACAGCGUUCCCGCCAUGGCAGCCGCAACUGAAAGCAUUGGAUUUGGCGUCACAGCAUCCACAACCUACGACUCCCCCUACGCCCUGGCAAGACGCUUCUCCACCGUUGACCACCUCAGCAGUGGCCGAGUUGGUUGGAACAUCGUCACCUCGUAUCUCGACUCCGCAGCUCGCAACUUUGGCCUCGACACUCAGGUCGAACACGAUGAGCGCUACCGCAUCGCUGAUGAGUACCUCGACGUCACAUAUAAGCUGUGGGAGGCGUCUUGGAGAGACGAUGCCGUGACUUGGAAGCCAGGUCAGGGCAAGACCCAGGGAUAUGCGGACCCCAAGGCUGUCCGCCAGAUCAACCAUAAAGGCAAAUACUUCCAAGUACCUGGCCCCCAUCUCUGCGAGCCAAGCCCCCAGCGGACACCGUUCAUCCUGCAGGCUGGCACUUCAACCGCUGGCAAAGCCUUUGCGGCAAAGCACGCUGAGGCUGUCUUCCUGCAUGCACAGAAGCCUGAGCUUGUCAGACCCUCUGUCGACAGCAUUCGCCAGCAGGCUGCAGAUAUCGGUCGCAACCCGCAAGAUAUCAAGGUUAUUGCCGGUGCUCUGGUCAUUGUUGCCGAGACGGACGAGGAGGCACAAGCCAAGUUCGACGAGCUGAAGACUUACGGCGACCGUGAGGGAGCUCUUGCUCUGUUCGGUGGCUGGACUGGAUACGAUCUUUCGACUUACGCCGACGAUCAGGACUUCCGGUUCGUGGAACAGCCUGCUGUCCGCAGUAUGGUGAACCACUGGGCCAGCACGGUCCCUGGCACUGAGGGUCAGAAGUGGGAUAAGAGGACCAUCGCCGAAUACUUGACUCUUGGAGGCAAUGGUGUGAAGAUCAUUGGUAGCGUUAAGACCGUUGCUGAUGAGUUAGAGCGGUGGGUCAGUGUCGGCGGCGUUGAUGGGUUCAACUUCAGCUAUGCUAGCCUGCCGGACACCUUUGACGAUGUCAUCCGCCUUUUGCUGCCCGAAUUGCAGCGUCGUGGACUCUUCUGGUCGGAUUAUGCCGUCAAGGGCGGAACCCUGCGCGAGAAUAUCUAUGGCCGAAAAGGUCAAAACAGACUGCCUGAGGAGCACCCCGGCGCCAAGUACUUCUGGCGUGAAGGCCAAGAAGUGCCUCCAUAUACAUUGGAGUCGCAAUAG